AUGCCUAGAACAAAUACUGUUUUGAAAAGACAAGCCAGGAAAAUGGUUUAUGACGUGAAUUGUUUUUUAAAAAGGGAAUCUAACGAAUUAAUUGAUUCUUUGAAACAAAUCCAAAGUGAGAUUGACGAAGCUACAAAUACUUUGUUCAGUCAUUCGGACAGCAACAUUGUAAAUUUGAGCCAGAUAAGACAAACUGCCGAAAUCAUUAAGGCAGGAAAUAUAAAAUUUAAUAGUAUGAUCAGCGAAUUAGGUAAAAUCCAAAAAAGGACAGCAGAGUCAACAAAAACGUCAAUUGCAUCGGUAAGAAACAUCUCCAAUCAAGCCAAAAGUUCUGAUUUGAUCACAGUGUUCAGAACACCUGGUAAAACACGUUCCAGAACAAAACCGGUCACAAAUAUCGAUAACUUCGACCAAGUAAUAAAGAGAACCGUUCAUAACUUUCACAAGACAAAUAAUGAGCUUCCUACCAUCGGAAAGCUUAAAAAGCAGCUAGAAGAUGACAUAAAUUUCAAAGGUUUAGAACGAAGUCUUCGGCGAAUAGUUAAGAGUUUGGGAUUUCGGUGGAAAAACACCGAAAACAACCGGAAAGUGCUGAUUGAGACUUCUAAUAUACGUUUGCAACGUAUCGAAUAUUUAAGGAAAAUAAAGCAAUAUCGCCAAGAGGGAAAGCCUAUUGUUUAUACAGACGAAUCUUGCGUAGAUUCAUCGCACUCUUCUUCAAAAGCCUGGACCGAUGGUACUACUAAGGGGCUUAAGAAACCUAUUUCGAAAGGACAGCGAUUGUCAUUGUCCACGCAGGGUCUGAUACUGGGUUUAUACCUAAUGCGUUGCUGA